AUGUCUUCUUUUCCAUACUUACCAACAUCAUCAUCGUCAUCAUCUAUAGCAUCAUCAGCAUCAUCAGUAUCAGCAUUAUCAGCUUCAUUACGUUCACGUCCUUUAUCGGAUCAUCCACAACGCAGUUUAUUUAACUAUGUCGUCAUGCAUCAAAAGAAUGAUACCAAAUUAAAUUCACCUGAAUUUUUAUUAAAUCAUGAAAAACAAUCUGAACGUCCAAAAAAGGAAGGUGCAAAACCCACCCAACAUGGUCCCAUGGCUGAAACUAUACUGAUGGGUCAAUUUUUAUGA